AUGCCAGGAACGCUCAUCCUGUACGACUGCCCGAGCCGCUUCGGUACUGGUACUACGUGGAGUCCUAACACUUGGAAGACUCGCCUGUUGUUGAACUUCAAAGGCAUACCGUACGAGACGAAAUGGAUACACGGACCAUUCGCAGAUACAGCUGCACCUUUAGGCAUCGAGGCCCAUGACCCAUCGUUCGGAGCAUUGGCGCCUCACACCAUUCCGUUCGUGACCUUCCCGGGUGGAAGACAUCUAAUGGAUUCAAAGAAGAUCGCAUUGGCGCUCGAAGAGGCGUAUCCACCACCAGACUACCCAUCAGCACAUCUUGAAGUCCCCGUCCUUGCUCGUGUUGAGCAGGCUCGACUUGCUACGAUGAAGUACUUGCAAGCUAUUCUCGUACCCCGAAUGCCCCGCGAGGUCUUGACGGGUACCGACAUCCAGUUUCACCGCAACGCUCGCCUCAAGACGUAUGGCAUGCCAUUAGAAGAGUACGAGGCAAAGUUUGGAGGCGAGCAAGCGUGGGAGAAGGCUGCACCUGGCUUGCAACAGCUUGUCGAUGUUCUCAAAGAAGACCCAAGUGGACCAUUCUGUCUUGGCUCGACACCGAGUUAUGCCGACUUCAUCAUCGCAGCAAUGUUGGAAUUCGCGAGAUGUGUGGGUGGUGGGAAUUUGGAGAGAUUCUUCGAGUUUGACAAAGUAUUCGAGAGCCUCUUUGUGGCGUGUGGCCCUUGGCUCAAGCGCAACGACGUUUGA